CAGCAGUCUCGUACGUCCCAACUUGAACUGCUGACGAUCUUMCGUUCAGACGUUUGUAUUCUCGUGAAUGGCGUUCGCACGUUUUAGCGGGCGGGUUUUCUCUGUUUCCUCUUUCUGCCUUCAGAGUUCUCAACCAAGCAAAUACGUUUGUGUGUCGAUUCACACAAAACUAGAUCAGCUACGUCUUAUUAGUAAAAUUAAUAUACUGUACAAUGAGAUUCUUUUGUCUUGCUGCUCUUUUGGCGUCUGCCUCUGCGUUCACUACCCAAGGAGGUGCAUUCACCACCAGCACCCCUGCUGUCGGAGGAGCCUUCCAGGAUGUUGUUGCCACUCCUAACUCGCACGCGAACCGCCGAGCAACCAUCGUCAUGGACGGAAAAGCCAAUGGUACGUUKUGAUAAUCUUUUAGUUUCACGAUGGUAAUCAAAACGAAUGUACGAAUAGCUCUCGUACGAACACGCGAUCUCGACGUACAAAAUARGAUUCGAAAGCUCGAAAUGACUCUAGGCACCGGUUCAUAGUCUAUGUCUCGUUGAACAACGAAGGAUUCAAAAACUCUCUGGUCACUUAAGCAUCAGCUCUCAACAGAAACGCACACACCAAUACGCACUGAUCGAUAGUCGACAGCCCGGUGUAGACGAAAAAUCAGAGAUGGGAGUCUCCUCAUUGAAAACAUUCCACCAAAUACUCACGUUUUUUCCUAUUGCUUUUCUGUUUUCGUCGCGUACAGCCAUCCGUGACCGUAUCGCUUCCGUGAAGAACACAAAGAAGAUCACUAUGGCCAUGAAGCUUGUMGCUGCCGCAAAGGUCCGUCGUGCACAGGAUGCUGUUCUCGCCACCCGUCCUUUCUCGGAAACUCUUCAAUCCGUUUUUGGAGGUUUGAUUGCUCGAUUGGGAGGCGAAGCCAUCGAUCUUCCUCUUUUGACCCAACGUGAGGUCAAGAAGGUCACUUUGACUGUUGUCACCGGAGACCGUGGACUUUGCGGAGGAUACAAYUCUUUCAUGAUCCGAAAGGCCGAAAACCGAUUCAAGGAACUUAAAGACCAAGGAAUCGAUGUUGAUAUGGUUCUUAUUGGACAGAAGGGAAUUGCUUACUUCGAGCGUCGUAACUACCCCAUCCGAAAAACAUUCCCUUGCGGACAGAACCCKAAUGCCAAGGAGGCCCUUGCCAUCUCUGAAGAAUUGUUGAACACCUUCCUUGCCGGAGAGACCGAUGCCAUCGAAUUGCUUUACACAAAGUUCGUUUCUCUCAUCGCCUCUACUCCUUCCGUCCGAACUUUGGUUCCUUUCUCUGCCUCUGACAUUACCCAACAAGGUGAUGAAGUUUUCCAAUUGACUUCUGAGUCUGGUGACUUCUCUGUCGAGCGCACUGAGCUUGACGUUGCCGAACCACAAGAAUUCCCUAACGAUAUGAUCUUCGAACAAGAUCCUCUUCAAAUUGUCAACUCCAUCCUUCCUCUCUACCUCAACGGACAAGUCCUCCGAACUCUUCAAGAAUCUGUUGCCUCCGAACUCGCCGCACGAAUGCAAUCGAUGCAAUCUGCCAGUGACAACGCUGGAGAACUCGCCUCUAAAUUGUCUUUGGAAUACAAUCGUGCCCGUCAAGCUGCCGUCACCCAAGAAAUUCUCGAGAUUKKYGCUGGUUCCGCCGCCCUAGAGUAAUACUUCAUUUUGUCUAAAGAAAGACCUUUUUCGAAACGGUUGAACUCCAAUAGAUUGUUGUAUAUUUGCUCGAGAAAAGCUAUGACUUCCCUUCUAUGGUUACAAAUAGUACUGAAUAAAAWUAGUCACAUAUC